UUUAAAGUUAUAAACUUUUUGUUGUCAAAGAAAACAAUUGGACUAUCUGAAAACCAAAUUGGAUCUGAGAGAAAGAGAGCGAGAGAUGGAUCUCGACGAAGAAGCUCCGGUGCCUUCCGUAUUGGCCGCCAUGAUCUCCGAUGACCACAAUCCACACGCUUCUCCUCACUUUCAUCAUUCUAUAUCAAUGGCGAGGAGGAGAUUCACAGUGAUUGGAUUCUCGUUCCUCCUUUUAGUUGGUACGACUUUAUCAGCGAGAUCUGAUAAGGAAACCAGAGAGCGCUUCUACGGCAACGUUGUCAACUCCACGGCUCCGGGAAACGGCGAAGGGAGUAUCGCUAAAAUGUUCGAUCGAGUUCUCGAGAAAGAGUUCUCCGAAAACGAUCAGCCUGAAGGAUCGGAUGGAGGAGCCAGCUUUAACAGCAGUGUUGCUGAUCAACAAGCUGAAAUAGAGACUGUAGCAAAAGUAACGCAUGAGAAGGGCAAACGAAAUGAUACUCAAGAAAAUAAUGGUACGAGACCAUUCCAACUUCAAGAUGUGUUUUCCUUGGAAAAUGAAGAUUCUGAUGAUAUGACUCUUAUUGACAAAAAGAACAAUGUUUUUGUCAUGUCGAACAAAAAAUCUAAGUAUCCCAUACUUCAAGUAGACCUGAGAUUGAUAUCAGAUUUGGUUGUCAUUAUUGUUUUUGCUGCGAUUGGUGGCAUUGUCUUCUCGUGUCUUGGACAACCGGUCAUUGUUGGAUAUCUUCUGGCGGGGUCAAUCAUUGGGCCAGGAGGACUGAAAUUCAUCAGUGAAAUGGUUCAGGUUGAAACUGUGGCCCAGUUUGGUGUUGUUUUCCUCCUUUUUGCUUUGGGCUUGGAGUUCUCAAUGACUAAGCUGAAAGUUGUUGGCCCAGUUGCUGUCCUUGGAGGACUUUUUCAAAUCGUAUUACUGAUGUUUCUGUGUGGUGUAACUGCAUUGUUAUGUGGAGCAAGGUUAUCGGAGGGUAUUUUUGUUGGUGCUUUUCUGUCUAUGUCAUCAACAGCAGUGGUGGUAAAGUUUUUAGUGGAACGGAACAGUACAAGUUCUCUCCAUGGUCAAGUCACGAUAGGGAUACUUAUCUUUCAGGACUGUGUUGUUGGUUUAUUAUUCGCACUGCUUCCAGUUUUGGGUGGUAACAGUGGUUUACUACAAGGGAUUAUAUCAAUGGGAAAGCUGCUCCUGAUAUUGUCAAUAUUUCUCACUGUUGCAUCUCUACUAACGUGGUCAUUUGUGCCUCGCUUUCUGAAGCUAAUGAUUCAGUUAUCAUCUCAAGUAAGUUUUAAUGAUUCAAUUUCUUUUGAGUGGCAUCCGAAUUCUUGCCAAUGUUUUUUUCAUUAUGUAAUGCAGACAAAUGAACUUUACCAAUUAGCUGCUGUGGCGUUCUGCUUACUAUCUGCAUGGUGCAGUGAUAAGCUGGGUCUUAGUCUUGAGUUGGGAUCAUUUGUGGCUGGUGUUAUGCUGUCCACAACUGAGUUUGCUCAACAUACACUAGAGCAGGUGGAACCGAUUCGUAAUUUGUUUGCCGCUCUCUUCCUGUCAAGUAUCGGUAUGCUCAUAAAUGUGCACUUUCUAUGGAACCACGUGGAUAUCCUUCUGGCAUCUGUGAUUCUAGUCAUAGUUGUUAAGACAGCAAUUGCAGCGAUAGUGGUUAAGGCUUUUCGGUACAACAUCAAGAUAUCUUUCCAUGUGGGGGUACUUCUUGCUCAGAUCGGCGAGUUUGCCUUUGUUCUGCUAAGCCGAGCAUCAAACCUGCACGUUAUCGAGGGGAAAAUGUAUCUCCUCCUAUUGGGAACAACAGCUCUGAGUCUCGUGACGACUCCAUUGUUGUUCAAGUUGAUACCGAGUGCAAUGAACCUGGGUGUCAUCCUUCGAUGGUUUCCUUCUGAGAAUAGCUCCCCGAACGAGAGUAUGCAGGAGAAAGCAUCGAUGAUAGAAAUACAUAACAGAACCAACUGACAUCUCCUUUGUACAUAUAGUCUGAAGAUUACAAGACAGCUUUUUGAUCCGACGAAACUGGACCAUGCCACCAAUUUACAAUUGACCAGAUCAGUCUUUACCAAGACCUGCCUUUGUUUUUCUUAAUGUUAUCUUUUGUGGUAAAUCGUAUAUAAUUAGUUUACACUAGCUAUAGCCAUCCGUGUAGUCCAAGCGGCUUUAGCUUAUUAUUUGGUGUAACGAUACUAAUCCAGGUCUCUUAUUGUAUUGAAUCUCAUAACCAUUACAGGUAUUGACGUUUUGUUUACUACAUA